AUGUCUGUGUUUCUCCACCACGUCAUAAGGUAGGCACGUAUUCCAUGUGUUGUGCUGUGAGGGAUGUUGAAAAUCUGUUCAAAGUAGGUCCAUAUUUGGUUGCUGUAACGGCAUUGUUUCAUGAUAUGAUUUGCUUCUUCUUGAUUAUCCCUGCAAAGAAAACAAAUAGAGGGCAAGCUCUGGCCAAAACGUGUUAGUGUAUUAGGGAGAGGAAGGAUGUUUUUAUAAAGUUUCCAUAAGAAGAGAGAUACUUUAGGAUAUUGAUAAGAAUUCCAGGUGUUGACAAGGAAUUUGUCAGGGGGUAUGCUCCAAAGCAUUGUAUGCUCUCUUUAUACUGAAGCCUGGGUGGCCCUCAUUCCAGCAAAUGGUGUUGUGUUGGUUUAGGUGGAAUAGAUUAUAGGCAGUAUCAUUGAUAUGGUGGAGCCUUUUCCAAAUAGGGGAGUCAGUGGGUUUGGGUGGGGAAUUGAAUCCCUUGGGAUAUCUUUUGUGGAUGAAAUUUGCCCAAAAGGAGUUCUUGUGAGUGUAACUCCACCACAUUUUCAACCCAUAGGAGUCUUGAAGGGUAUCCAGAUUAUAAAUGCCCAGCCCUCCUUCCUCUUUAGGGUUGCAGAUGUCCUUCCAUGUUGCCCAGUAGUAUUUAUGGUUGUCUCCUUUGGAACCCCAGAGGAAAUUGGCCAUUUUCCUGUUGAGGCAUGGGUAGCCAUUGAUAAGGAUAGAGUGAUAGGUGUAUUUAAGGUUGUUAAGAAUCAGGGUAUUAAAUCUGUCACUGAAUCCAAACUUUUCAAGAACCAUGACCAAAAAUUCCCAAGAGACUCUGUCAAAGGCUUUGGAGAUGUCCAGCUUAAUGGCAAUAUUUCCUCCUCUUGAUUUGUAGUUAAUUCCAUGGAUCAAUUCUUGAGCAAUCAAGAUCUGAUCAUGAAUCUGUCUGCCUUUGAUGAACCCCCCUUGUUCAGAAGAAAUAAG